AUGACUGAUGAAAUAUUUUCUCAUUUUACAAAUUUCUUAUCAGCUGCUUCUGAUGAAGAAAGGCUGGAAAUUGAAAAGGUUCUACUAUCACUGAUUCAAACUCUACAAGGUUUGGCCACUUAUAUUAACAUUUUAAAGACCCCAGAUGUUCCGGAUAAAUUUUGUUGGGUUGCUUUAUCAAUUAUUCAUCGAAGUAUAUCCCUUUUAUGGGAAGCAUCAGAUCUAGACACAAGAAUUGCCUUUGUUCUCGAGUUUAAUCCCUUAACAUUUCUAGAUAAUUCAUUUUUUGCAUCAGUAUUAGAUUUUCUUGAUGACAUAUUAUGCAGUUCGAAAAAUUCUUUUCAAACAUACCACUCUUUAUGGGCCAUUUUACUAAAUCAAUCUCAUGAAAUAUUUCCUACCCUUAAAGACGAUAAUCAUAUCAUAAAAUUUUUACAAACUGUACAGGUAUUAUGCAAAUCACUCAUUAACUCCAAUGCGCUUUACGAAAACGAAACAUGUGAAUUUUUCUUUAAUUUCACUCAUCCAUUUUUAGAAUUAGACCUAUACUCAGACAAUACUAAAUGCCAGCAACUUUUCCUCGCAUUCUCUAUAACUUUCGAAUUAUCUUUUCAUUCUGUUUUUAGAAAGAAAUGUGAUGUUGAUGAUGUUACUCCAUCUUCAUUAAUAGAUGUCAGAAAUGCUUGUUAUGAGAAUUUUACUAUAUUUUUUUCCAUUUUUAGUUCAAAUGAAAAUCCAACCGAGCCACAACUGAAUUUGAUGGAAUUCAUUGUAUAUAAAUUGUCAAGUAUUGCAUUUGACACAGAACCAGAUGAUGAAACCAUAGAAAAAGAGCUAAUAAUUUCAAUUUUGGAUUUUAUUUGGCCUUGUUUCAUAAUUAUACUUGAAAAAUCAACAUCAGAGCUUAUUAAGUGCGAGUAUGUCCAACUCAUGAUUAAUCUUGUUGAUUUUUUCGUUCCUUCCGCAGAAAAUUUAUCAAUUUUAAUUCAAGCAUUAGAAAUCAAAGAAGAGGACAAUGAAAAGUUUUUAUUCGAGCCAAUACAGUUCGUUGAUGACAAUUAUUAUCCUACUAUCGAUGUAACUUCUUCUUUACGUGAUUUAAUUUUGAGAUAUCUGUCGAAUUUGUCAAAUUAUGUUUCUUUUGAAGAUAUCAACGAAUUACUCAACAGUGUUGGUGGAUCUGAACAAGAAAUGAUGUUCGUUUCAUGUUUUGCAAAGAAAUCUUUGCAAAAUGAAGAAACAACAGCGACAUUAGCAUCGUACGUAACCACAGUAAUGAGUAACAUAUCAAAUACAAUUGAAGAAUGCACAUUUUUGUAUCUUUUGUCGAAAUGUUUUCAAAUAUUUGAUUUAAAUUUCCACAACGAGUUGAUUUCAUCAGUUUUUCUGCAUCUUGAUGGUAAUUCAUUAGUUUAUGCAUCAUUAUUCUCUAAGUAUCUUUAUAAAUUGGUGAAAAAAUCAUAUUCAGAAAUUAUUCCAGUCGAAAUCAUUCUGAAAUUACUUGAACUGUACGGAGGAACAGUGAUUUCUACUGAUUUAUUAACAAUUUUCAUGAAAUUGUUUGAUAAAAGUGAAUAUUUUUCUGAAAUUUCUCCAAAUCUGCUUAGAGACAUAGCAACUUAUCUUCCAUCAGUAUCAAUUGAUACUUCUGACUCAUCGAUUGAGUGGACAUACACUGCAAUUCAGUGUUUGACCCUCAUUAUUAACAAAAUUGGGGAUAUUUCGCAUCCAGAAUUAGUUUUUCAUUGUUUUGACACAUUGUUAAAUGAUGAAAAUGAAAAUGUGAGAGAUUUAGCUGUUUUGGCAACGAGUUGCGUUUCAAAUAAUUCUCCUUUGUCAAAUCAGUACUUUGAACGAAUUAUUUCUGCAUUUGAGAACAAAGAAUCAAUGAAAUAUUAUAUUGAUGACUUCAAAGAGUUCUUUUUCACAUUCAUUUUGCUUUAUCCAGAAAAUUGUCAAAAAAUCUUUGACUUUUUCUUAAAUAUGUUAAGCAACAUUGAGUUAGAAGAUAGUACAGAUAUAGCAGCUUGCAUUUCAGUGAUGGCUUUAUCAAUGCAAGUCUCAGGAGACUUUGAAAUUUCAGAUUCUCUUCUAAUAGUUUCAAAUUAUCUUAAUGAUAUAGAUGAUACAUGUUUGUUGUAUUGCAUCAACUAUUUCACGGCUUCUGCGCUCAUAAACAACAGAGCUGGAAAAUAUCAGAUGAAUGAACUGAUAAAUAGCUUCUUAGAAGCAAUUGUUGAUCAUCAAAUUGCUUCUUUGCAUAACUUCUAUCUGUUCUUUGAUGCUUUACAGAAUUUAUGUCUAAUUUCUCAAGAAAUUCAGACAAAUUUUGCAAAUAUCAUGGAACAAAUGAAACAGGAUCCAACAUCAUUCAUUCAGCUUGACGCUGAUAUGAUGGAUACUCAGAAAAUAAUGAAUUAUUGUAUAGGAACUCCUCAAUAUCAUGAUGAAUAA